AUUGGUUGAGUUGAUUUUUCGCUUCUUAAACCCUCUCUGCUUAAACACUAUCCAACUUCCAGGUUUGGGGAGAGAAAAAAAUAUGAGCGAAAAUCUUUAGCAGGAUAAAUAUGAUUUCUUUCCUUCUCAUGAUUCGUCUGGUUUGACGGUGAUUCCUAUACAAUUCUGCAAUGUUCUGGUGUCACAGGGUCAUCUGACGGGGAACCAUUUGUGCAAUAUGGAGGAUUUGGAGAAAAACAAUUGCUAGUCGGCUAGCCUAGCUUAGCUUGGCUUCGAAUAGCGUAGCAAAGCAUAAGCUAGUGUUAGCUUCGCUAGCGCGCUAAUAUUUCACUACGGAAGAGCUGAUUAGGAAUUGGGACGAAAAGCCCGUCAGCAUGUGGAUGGUGGGCGAACAUGGAAGGAUCGUAUAGAAUGAGUGUGAGGGAGCUGUGUGAGACAGAUGAUUUGGCUACGAGUCUGGUGCUGGACCCGUUACUCGGGUUCAGCACCCAUAAGAUGAACAUAAGUCCUCUGCCAGAGAUCCGGCGGUGGAGCUACCUGAGGGAGACGCUGCUGCGCUUUAAGCGCACUCGGGAUUUCCAGGCCACUUACGAUGCCCUGCUGGAGGGCGAGUGGACAAGCGAGUACUUCAGAGACCUCGGGUCGCACCGGCAGGAGCUCCUGAAGCAACACAUGUACCGCUAUCUCACCGCCUUCCUAUUGGACAGUGGAGUCCAGAUCGAAUCAUGUGACCGCUAUUCCUCAGAGACCAAUGGAGCCAAAAUCACAGCAACGAGAAACUGGUCGGUCGGCGAGCGGGUGGAGGUGCUGCAGGGCUGCAUUGCCGAGCUGAGUCCCACCGACAGCGCCGUUCUCCGGACCGGCGUAAACGAUUUCAGCGUGAUGUACUCGACACGGAAGCAGUGCGCUCAGCUCUGGCUCGGUCCAGCUGCCUUUAUUAACCAUGACUGCAGGCCGAAUUGUAAGUUUGUACCCGGGGAUAAGAAUGGAGCAUGUGUGAAGGUCGUCCGUCAAAUCUCACCUGGGGAGGAGAUCACGUGUUACUAUGGCGACAGCUUUUUUGGGGAAGACAACGAGAUGUGUGAAUGUUGCACCUGCGAGAGGAGAGGAAAGGGGUUCUUCAGGCACAGGCUGUCUGCGCUGCAAGCGUGGGAAGGCUCGAAUGAUCCUCUAGGACAGAAGUACAGAUUCAGAGAGACGGACCUGCGGCUUAACCGAGAGAAAGGGAACAGUACUCCAAGUCCUUUCCUCCCAGUGUCUAACCCAGCCUGCUCUGUGAAGAAUUCCCAACAGAUGAAGAGAAACGCCCCUACAGUGAGCAGCAGGACAACAAAGACCAAGAGGUGGAAAAGGGAGGAGCGAGUCAACCUGGCUGAGAGGACGCAACGCAACCACUUCAUAACGUACUUGUCUCUUUACAACCUGAAGGAUUUGAGUGUCUGCUUGUACAGUCACAGUGUGGAUUUCCUUUUAAGCUGCAAGGAUUCCACCAGUAACGAAAGAGCCUUUCUUCAAAGAAUCGAAAGCGUGAGACCAAAACUGGAGAGCAGAGCGGCGUGCCCUGCGUCUCCUGCCGACAACGAGCUGAUCAGAGCCAAGGAAGGAUUAGACGUCUCUGACAACGUAUCGAGUAACGCAGAUGAACUGAACUUGAAACCCUUCACAUUGACCUCAGUUCCGAGCGACCCUGCAAACUCUAAACGCCAAGAGGCAGAAACCAAUGCCGUAAGAGUUGUUCAUCAGAUGGCCAUUUCAUCGCGGACCAGGAAUAUGCUUCGAUCCCGCCUCCGAUGCUCCGGAGCCUUCGACCGAGGUAAAUUCUCUUGCUUAAAUAAAAAGGCGGUCAAGAUCAUAAGGCAGACAUCUAAGCUGCGUGUCGGUGCGAGAAGUCACGCUCAGCGUAGAAGAGGUACUGUCAGAAAAGCUGGUCCUCAUAAAUCACACUUAAACAAAACCCGACGAGAAACAAACAGCAAGUCAUCGCCGGCGAUCACAGAGGAGAAACAAGGCAGCUUUGGGGAUUCUCCCCAGUCCAUGGCUGACACCGAGAAGCGCAUCACUGUCUCCGAUGCUGCUAGGGAAGGGGAUUCAAGCUCCCCGAGUGCAUCUGGGAUCUCCAGGGAGCUGCAGAAAAAACACAUCCCUUCUGUCGACUCUGGCUCUGGCAUGCUCGGUGUUAGCAUGACUCCCCUUUCCUCCAGUCAUCUGCCACCACCUCUUCCAACUUCCUCACCAUUAUCAUCAGCUCCUCUUCCUUCAGGUUUGACGCAUUAUGUAAAAGUCAGUCUGGUCAGAAUGUCAAUCCCAGGAGACCAAGCAGAUGUUAAGGCAGAUCAGGAAAGAGCAGACAGUGGAGAAAAUGCAGAUCCAGCGCCUCCGACAGCUGUAGAGAAGCAGAUCCCAAAGUGCAAACGAAGCAAAGGUAUCUCAAGAGUUGGUUUUAAGAAAGGUGUGAGGGAGAUGUACUUUACUCCGAGCGCAGACAGCUUUUUAAAGGUGACGUGUGACAUCGAAAGCAGUGGAAAUGCUGUUGCACAGGUGACACCUAAGUGUAAUGAGAGAAAUAACGACAGUCAGGAAAAAGAAAUUAACAGCAACAGUACGGCUUCAGAUUCUUUUGAGAAAUCCUUGGUAGAAAACAACGAAAUGGUGAUCGAUUUAAGGAAAAGCGGACCGAUGCCAAAAUGUCAAACAAAACAGACUGAGACAGGUGCAGCUGAGGAACAGGAUCAGGAAAUUCAUAAAGGUAAGCAGGGUCAGGUAACUAAGCAAACCGAACAGACUGUACAAAAUAAAUCAGAUCUGUUGUGUUGUGGAAACAAAACGGUCGUCCUAAAAGAAGCUAGAGUUUUUCUGUCUGAUAUUUUAAAAAGCUUGAGCGGUGACCUCGUUAGUCAAGGACCGGACGGUAAAGCAAACCAUAGUAUAGUUAGGAAUUCUUUGCGACAAAGCGAUUCGAUUAAAAGAAUAAUAUCCCUUACUGGUUCACCAAAAUUAGCUUUAGAGCAAAUAAAAAAUCACCCUGCAAUCGCAAGAGUAACCAACCAGCGCAGUGUUCAGAUUAUUUCAGAAGCUCAUCAAGGUGCAAAAGUGGCAAAAAAAAAAGAUCCAGAAAUUAUUACGAUUUCCUCCGAGUCCCUCUCCCCUCUAAAAGGUGGUCUGGAUCACAAUUCUCAGAGCAGCAUCCCGCUAAAGAAACGGGUUUUCCGGGAAUCCCUCGAAACCGAUCCCGAUCAAGACGCAAGCAUAACUACAACUACAACAGAGGCUCCGUGUCCCAGUAAUAUUCUGGAGACUAGGCCAGAGUUUCGGUUGCCUGCGACAGAGACGACUGAUGAUGGAGCUCAGACCUUAACUUUACAAUUGAGCUCUUCUUUUAAAGAUGAAGGGUUAGGAUCAAAAAAGACUAGGAUGUGUAAAACCUUAGUAGCCAAGAGGCUGCAACAAAGAAAAUGUCUUCGAAACACUCAGGCUAGAUCAGCACAAACCCCUAGUAAGAUGCUCAGAGAAAAAAGUACCACAGGUAGCCUGUCGUCAGUGAAUCCCCCAGAAACCAGAGUAAAUAUGAGUAGAAAAUGCAAAGUGAAAUCUGAGCAAGGGAACAGGGUGCAGUGUAUUAAUGCGGGGAAAGAAAUUAAUAAGGAUGUAAGAGAGGCUGGGCAAAAUUUAACCGAGGAGAUUAAGGAAAAAAAAACACAGAAGCGGGCACCUCGUCAGCUUCGGAUUCUUUAG